CGCACUCGUGGAAGGCCGAGGGAGAUUGGGGGUCGGGGGCCUGACAGGAGUCACGGAGGGGAGGCCGUGACCCUGGUCAGGUCAAGGGCGGAACUAGAGGAGGCUCUCGGGGGCGACCUAGUGGGGCUGGGGGCCAGGCUCUCGGGGAUGGCAUGGGAAGCUGAUCGCUGCGAGGAAGAGUUUCAAGACUUUGAAAAUGGGAGGGAGCGAGAGAGAUCUCAAGAGGAUCAUCCAUCGAAAGAAGAAGGCGAGCGACGGCAGAGUUGAGGUUCCAACUUCGAGCGAGUCGCGAACCAUUUCAGCAGCAGCACUACUCGUUGUCGUCGAAGAUCCACGAGCCUCCUCCUUCGCAGUCUUGGUGUCAGUCAAGAAACUAUUCAUCCUGCAGCAGCAGAAGAGGAGGAGGAGGAGGAGGAGGAGGAAUUUGAAGUGCAGUUGAGAAGCUGUGAUUCUCGGGGUUUCAUUCCCAUGUGCAUGCAUGCAUGCACUGCCUGGGAUUCGACACGAGCACAAAGCUGCGGGCGGAUCUGGAAGCCAAAAUUGUUGAAUCAUAAAAUUGGGGCGAAUCAGGACGGAGUGUGGCAAGGCAGAGGAGGACUCCAGUCGGGCAAAUGGUUCUUCAUUCGUUCUACUUGGUGGUGGUGCACGGCACCGUUUGCAGGCGACGGAAGUUGCGGGUCCGGGUCUUUCAUACAGAUGCUCUCAUGAGAUAAAGUUUCCGACGUGGAGAGGUUUGGACUCAUCGCUUGCAAACGCUGUUCACUGGACCCAGAGCAGAAGAGUUCUUUUCAUCUGAACGGUUGACAGAGCGCGGGACUUUGUGCCGUGUGCCAUCUUGACUCCACGCUCGAAUUCCUUGUGUUUAGGGUACAAGCAAUGUAAAAGUGAUUGCCCACACGUUACUCUCAGCAGUUGAUGGAAUUCUGCUUCAUGCAUCGCGAAUCUGUUCACAGGGCACGAGUGGCCCAUGCAACGUGAAUCUCGCCGAGUACAAUUGGCUUCACAAACUUUUAAAUGAAGCAAAUAUGUUGUGGGGAAUCUGAAGAUAUGCAUGGAGGAGAUUGUCUGUCUUGGACCACUGAAAUAAGGGACGGCAAAUCUCUUGAUUCGAUAUUAGUAACGAACGUGCCAAUUCUGUUAGAUGGUAUCGAGCCUUGAGAUGCGAAGGAGCCCUCGCUGACCUGACAGCCUAGUACAUGUCAGACUAAUUUUAAGCAUUGCUUCUUCGGCGUUGGAAUCAUGAAACCUCACAGAAACAGCUGUGAAGCUCGGUGUAUUGAAUUCGCCAUAAUGCGAUCUUUCUCCGCGUCCUUCAAGUCUGCGCAUCGGCUCGUUCUAUUGCGAUCCACUUUGAUCGCUUUGCUUGUGGCGUCAGCAUGGGGACUGGACGAUAGGAAGGCUUUCAGAGAUGGUCGAAUUGCCGCUGCUGAAUUUCAUGUUGAUCCGGACACUGGGAGAAUUCAGGACGGGAGCGGUAGAGAGAGGAUUUUUCAUGGACUGAACGUUGUCAUGAAAGGUCCUCCUUGGCACCCUCAAAUCGGUUCAUUCGAUCCGCAGCUGUCAUUCACAGAUGCCGACGUUGCGCUUCUCAAAGAAUGGGGCAUGAACGUCGUCCGGUUGGGUGUCAUGUGGCCUGGCUUAGAGCCUAAACGUGGUGUAGUCAAUUCUACGUACCUGGAGAUUAUGCAGACAAUAGUCAGGAAGCUUCACUCAGCUGGAAUCUACACCCUCCUAGAGUUCCAUCAAGAUUUGUUUGCAUCACAGUUCUGUGGUGAAGGACUGCCAUCUUGGAUAUUUGAUGAUACGGACCACACUAGUCCGUAUCCGGUCCAGCUUGACUUUCAGCAAAGUUUCCCUGAAGACAACUCAGAUCAUGCUGCAAUCAAGCAGGAGUUGGAGAGAACAUUCAGUGCUAGUAAGCGAAGGCAUUCGAGGUCAAAGGAAUCGUACAACGCGAAGCGGUAUCCUGCAUCUUUUCCAGAGCCUCUUGGUAAGAGAUGGCCGUCUGAGUGGGAGAAAGAUGGAUGGGAGCCUUCUGUUGAGCGUUGCAACAAACAUACAUGGUGGUGGUAUUACUUUUCAUACGCAGUCUCCAGAGCGUUCCAAGACUUGUACGAAAACAAGUGGGGUUGGGGAGAUUUACUGGCACGAUAUUGGACGACGGUUGCCCAGACAUUCAAAGAUGAACCUGGCGUCAUAGGCUAUGAACUCAUGAAUGAGCCUUGGCCUGGAGACAUCUUCAGAGAUCCUUUGUUGCUGCUGCCAGGGGUUGCAGAUUCCAGAAAUUUAGCUCGGUUCUACGAAAACUUGCAAGCAGCUGUCCGCUCUGUGGAUCCAGAAAAGCUUCUCUUCUUUGAGACCAUCACAUUUGACAACUUUUGGUGUGGUCUAAAAACUGUCCCAGGUGGACAGCAAUGGCAGAACAAGACUGUGCUCAGCUACCAUUAUUAUACUCCUCCGAACUUCAGCUCUAAUCAGGCGUUUUCGGAGAGGUUGAAGGAAAGCAGGAGACUCAGGUGCGGUUCUAUGCUGACUGAGUUCUUUAUUUCGACAGAGAAUAAGAAAAAAAGUAAGAAAUUUUGGCAGUUCAGAGAUCGAGUGCUCGAAAGCGCUGCAGAUGUUGCUGAAGGUACUGAAGGUGCCGGUCCUAGUGUGAGCGUCGCUGCCUGUGACACAGGCUUGCAAAAACGUUCUGGAAUGGAUUGCAGUAGGGCUAGGUCCUCAUCAAAGGCAACAGGUCUUGACUGGAAAAUCACGGAUGGCGGUUUCCAAGGACAGUCUUCAUCUGAGGAGUCUGGCCAGAUUUUGACCAAUUCCCGUGUCGUUAGAAAGCCUCAACUGGAGCGAUCUGACAAUUCAGUGGAUGGAGUCUUAAAGGCUGCAGAUGCUCAUGUCCAGUCUUGGAUAGGCUGGGAGUAUAAAGCCUUUUACACCAAGACAGGUUCUGUUGUUGAACUUUCAUUGUUUGGUGAUGAUGGCGAACUUAACAUUGCCCUUGCCAAAAAGCUGGCUCGCACAUAUCCGCGAGCUGUGUCUGGUAAUAUUAGGUCCUUCUCAUUCGACCCCGUCACCUCCUCAUUUUUUAUGUCCUAUGUUGCUGGAAGCAAAGGUUCUUUAGUAGGUAAAAGCGGUUUAGCUAUCACAGAAAUCUUCGUCCAUCGUAAGUUCUACUAUGAGAGCGGACUAUCUGUGGAGGUGAACCAUAACUGUGCCUCUGUGGCUGAAACAACCGAUCUUGUAAUUGUAGGACACUCUGAGGAUUGCGUUGGCCUUAUAAUCGAUGUCAGAAUCAGUCAGCCCUCUGCAAGUGGCUUCAAAUAGUUGAAUUAAAGGUUUAUAUUCGUUGUCUUUGUAGGUCCAAAAUGACAUGGAUUACUUGGGAAGUAGAUUGCAGGACUCUGGUCCAUAGAAAUGUGGAUAGAAUAUUCACAUUUUCCGUCAACGUCUGAUUGGAAAAUUAUGUAUACUCCUUCCAAAGCCGUGGUAAAAUAGAAG